CCAAUCACGCUCUCACUCUGACGCGCACCAUGGCCUCUGCCUCCCAUUCGAGAAAACGCAAACGCGACACCGACGACGCUGGAAAGUCCUUCUUCACACAUCUUCUCAGCCCUCGGCGCAGCUGGGUCCGGUGCUAGGUACUAUUAGUCCUGUGUGCUCCGGAGCGCGUGAAGCUCAUAGCGUCGGACAGCCGGUUUUCCUGCCCUCCAACCCCCUCGGAACACAUCGUUCCGAUGUUGGCGACGAGACAAGCAGGUCGAUGGAGCAGAGCCAUUCGCGUCUCAGGACACCAUCGUGGCUGGAGAGACCGAGACUAUAGAGUUCGCCACAUCGGGGAAAGCAGACAAGCCUCGGUGGGCUGCAGUUAUCUGGUUGCUGUGCACAACAAACGAACGAAUACGACCGUCUUCCGUCCGCACCCUCCAUGUCAUGAACCAGCAAGUGAAAGCGCUCAAAAACCUUGCUCCUAUAGAGGUGACCAAUGAUGAACGCGCUCAGUUGCGCAACAAGCUUGGCGAAACGUUUGCCAUUCGCGCGCAAGAGCGGAACAGGGUGGACAUCGAUGCUUUGAAGGAGACUAUCAUGGAGAACACCAGCAGCUUGCCUACACUGGAGGAAGCGAAGGAUGCCGCGGACAGCAACCGGCUCAUACCCCCGCAUCACGCGGAUGCAGAUCGACCAGAAGGCACCGAGUUCAAUGCGCUAUCGGUAACACCGUUCAGGUCCGCCUCGAGCGACCAGGAACGGAAAGCAUUGUUGCCUUUCCGUCACUCAAACUGGGUCAAUCAACAUGUCUACAAACUUUUCCAGGCGCCGAAGCUCAGAAAAACAGACAUGAAGAUAGUUAUGUACAUAUCUGCCAUGAUGGCGUUCAAGAUGGUGGCGCGGUCUGUCGACAACAAAGAGGCGUUGCAGAAGAAGCUCACAAGCGUGCCCCAAACUGUUAUUGAGGGGUUGGUGUCUCGGUUCACUGAGAGCGAGAGAGACACAAACAAAAUUAAAGUAACGAGCCAAACGGAGACGAUGCUUAUGACCUAUAUGCUUGCUCUAUGCUUGCGCGUCGAUGAUUUCGCGACCGACACGGAGCUUGUUGCCCACGAUCUCAAAAUGCCAGUCUCUAAGGUCAAUCCACUUUUCAAGGCGCUCGGCUGCACUGUCCGUAAGCUUGACCAUAAAGAUCUCAAAAGGCUUGGCCUGCCAGAUUCUGCUGCAGCAUCGAAGCGGGCCAUGUUGGAGGUUCCUGUCAAAUUCCCCCAGCCGCGUCGUGCGCGUCGCUAGGACUGUGUCACAUCUGAGUCGGGGUACACCACUUGAUGAAUUUAUCUGAUAGCGUUGCUGCUUACCCCACGUUCUAUUGUGAAGACCCUCGUGCUAAGCGUG